CACACCUGCUUCAAAAUGCUCCUCCGUUUGGCUGUCGUCCUGGCCGCUGCCACCGGAGGCCUUACAGCCAAGGUUGCAACUGCGACCGCGGCAGCACCUGCCACUAGCACUGUUGUCAGCUGCUUCGCAAACGACUGCCCGAACGUCGACCUCAAGGGCGACGGUCUCUUCUCCAUGGAUUGGAACAACGACACCGGUGUCCUCCUCUGCGAAUGGCGCUUUCCGCUCCAGCCAAUUAUUUCUGCGGAGUACAAUAUCGUUAAGCACUGGUUACUCACCCAAGGCGACCUGUCGGUGUGCCCAGCCCAGGCGUUGAUGGAGUGCACAACGUCAACUAUCAACGCUCCGCUUGCUACAGCAGCAUGA